AUGCCGUCUCACAGAGUGACACUCGACUGUGUGAUUCUUUUUAUUAUUGUGGCUCUAAUGACUGAUAUUGUCGUCGCUCAGAAUGACACAGAGCCCAUUGUCCUGGAGGGCAAAUGUCUUGUGGUCUGUGAUUCUAAUCCGACUACGGACUGGAAAGGCUCGUCUUCGCCGCUUGGUAUCUCGGUACGCGCGGCCAACUCCAAGGUAGCGUUCUCUGCCGUGAGGAGCAACAACCACGAACCCUCAGAAAUGAGUAAUAAAACUAGAAUCAUAUACUUCGACCAGGUUCUCGUCAACAUUGGCAACUAUUUCACCUUGGAAUCUGUAUUUUUGUCCCCGCGCAAAGGCAUCUACAGCUUCAACUUUCAUGUUAUUAAAGUCUAUCAGAGCCAGACAAUACAGGUAAAUCUGAUGCUGAAUGGAAAGCCAGUCAUCUCUGCCUUUGCAGGCGAUAAGGAUGUGACGCGGGAGGCUGCCACCAACGGGGUUCUGCUCUAUCUGGACAAAGAAGACAAGGUUUACCUGAAACUGGAGAAAGGCAACCUGGUGGGUGGAUGGCAGUACUCCACUUUCUCCGGCUUUCUAGUUUUCCCUCUUUAA